AUGAAUAUCAUAAAAAUUCUAAACACUCCUGGAUCACCUGGAUUCUCUAAACUGCUUACGGUGGGUGUUAUUGGUUGUCUUGGAGUUUCUACCGUUGCUAAUUCCAUCUACAAUGUCGAUGGAGGACACCGAGCCAUCGUGUUUAACCGAAAAGACGGUAUCAAAGAGAAGAUUUAUCCAGAGGGUACACAUUUUAUGUUACCAUGGUUCGAAAGGCCAAUUAUCUACGAUGUUCGAGCACGACCUUACGAAGUGGAUACCGACACUGGAAGUCAUGAUCUUCAAAAGGUNAAAAUUGGACUUAGCGUUCUUACGCGUCCUAUGGGAGACCGCUUGCCUCAUAUUUACAGGACACUCGGUGAGGAUUACGUAACACGGGUUCUUCCUUCAAUCAUCAAUGAAACCUUGAAAGCAGUGGUGGCUCAGUACAAUGCAAGUCAGCUCCUUACACAGAGAGAAGCUGUGAGCAGGGAAAUACGCAAGAUUCUGACAGAGAGAGCAUCAAAUUUCGACAUUGCUCUAGAUGAUGUCUCAAUCACAAGUCUAUCAUUUAGCAAAGAAUUCACAGAUGCAAUCGAGUCGAAACAAGUCGCGGCUCAAGAGGCAGAACGUGCUAAGUUUGUUGUCGAAAAGGCCGAGCAAGACAAGAAAAGUGCUGUUAUCCGCGCCGAGGGAGAAGCUAAGAGUGCUCAACUCAUAGGACAAGCGAUUGCGGACAAUGAAGCGUUUAUCACUCUGAGAAAGAUCGAAGCUGCAAGAGAGAUUUCUCAGACCAUAGCUAGAUCGGCAAACAAGGUUUUCCUCAGCUCGAGCGAUCUUUUGCUUAAUCUCCAAGGAAUGAACUUGGAGCCUAUCCCUAACUAG